UAACGCAAACAAUUUUUUCUAAUCAGCUGGGCCCAUGGGGAUUGUGUUAUGACAUGUGACUUUUAUUUAUGCUGCAGAGCGAAGGUGGUGAAGAGGGUCGAUUUAUGAUCGGCGCGGACCGGACUCGCCCAUCGACAGAAAGAAGACUCACUAUUCGACUUGUUUUUCUUCCAAUCAAUGUGUCAGCUUUGACUGAUGAGAGACCUGUAACUACUAGAAGUACUAGAACAAUUUAGACAUGUCGAAAAGAUCCUCCAGCUUCAUGCCUUGGGUUGACGUCGGGAAAGAUCUAGGAAAUGUCGACGGAACCCAUCAAAAUGGCUCUUCGCCCCCAAGCUUACCUUUAACCUCCGAUCAAAACCGACUCAAGAAAUUUGUUCGGAAGGGUCACUGGCCGGUGGACCAUUCUAUUCGUCAGGAGUUAUGGCAUCACAUCUGUAUGCUGAACGUCGUCACGGCAGGCAGUGUCUACAAAGAAACCGCUAGAGCGUUAUUCGGAGAUGAACCACACAGCUCAUCUUCAGAUCACAAUUCAAACGACAGUCAUCAGACCUUCGGCAAUGAGGACCAUCUGACCACCUACAAACUCGACCAAUCAGGACGAGACGAGCUUGCGCGACUACUCAGCGUCCUCGCUCACACCCGUCCAGAAAUUAGCUACUGCCCUCUAUUGCACCCUAUGGCCAGUCUGUUACUCCACUACAUGGACGCAGAGAGAGCGUUUGACUGUCUGUCUGCCCUUCUUGGCAGUCGUAAUUACAAGUACUUGGACCAGAGCUGGGUGGAGUUUGAGGCCUACAGGAGGAGUUUCACGAAACUGGCCAAGAAGUUUGCUACUCAGGCCAAUUCUGUGAUUGCUAAACAGAGCGGUGAGCAGGACGCUGUCUACCAGGACUGGAUCUGGUGGAUUCUCGAGGACCUUCCAUUUACACAUUUGGUCCGGGUGAUAGAUUGUUAUCUUAUGGAAGGCUUGAAGAUAUUUUACAGAGUAGCCCUGGCAGUACUUCAACUUUACAAAAAAAGAAAAGGAUGGGUGGGGAGCUCUGGUGAUUUUGCUGCUUCCAUUCGAGAAUUUACCAAAGCUAUUCCAGUCACUCCAGAGGCAUUGUUAGGGAUUUGUUUCCAGUUCCGGGGUUUAUCACGCACCGUCAUUGACACGUAUAACACCAAGUUCAAGUUGAACAUAAGAGAAGAGGGUUCGACUGCACCCGUCCGGAAGACGAAUGGAAUUGCUGCUGUCCUAAAUGAAGUCAACUCAACCAUCAUUACCCCUAAACAGCUCCAAUCUCUUUGGCGAUGGCUCCCACAGAGGUUCUCCCUGAUGCAACCUCGGCUGGUGUUCACAACAACUGAACAUGGCGUCAGUCUCAAUACCUUCUAUAACAAGUGUGAAUUCGAGGAACAGACGGUACUUCUUAUAAAAACGCUGGAUAACGAGGUAUUUGGGGCUUAUUUAUCGAGUCCAUGGAGUACUCGCAACAGCAGGGAACAGAAGACGUCAUACUUUGGUAACGGCGAGAGUUUUCUCUUCACCGUAACGCCCACCGAGCAGCACUUCCCCUGGGUGGGGCUGAGUGACAGGGAAGAUAAGGAGCCCUUAGACGUAGCCAGCCAGUUAUUCAUGAGGGGAACUAGGAAUUUAGUUUCCAUAGGUGGAGGUGAGGGUGAGGGAAUACACCUGGAGAAUGACAUCUCGGAGGGCUGGAGUGAAAGCUGCAAGACAUUCAACAAUCCACCCCUAGCGACCAAUAGUAGAUUCCAAUCUGAGAUCAUUGAAGUAUUAGCAUUCCAAGAUGUCGGCCACAUCGCUGUAGAGACGUCAGAAACACAGUCAGAUCCUGCUACAGAUCCAGCGGCAGACCCAGUGAUAGAGACUGAGACAGAACCAGCGAUAGAUACAGUGGGGGAACCCAAUGGGGAGAUCUCAACCGUGGAUUCAAUAGAAUUAAAGGAAGUUGUUGCGGAAGAAAGCCCACCAGUUGAUCAAGGACCCUAGCUCCUCCAAGAAGUAGGGAAGAAGUGACGAAAGUGUAACAGCUUCUAGUAGACUCAUGAACAAGUAGUUAAAUGUAUGUCACGGUGAUAGCCUUCCCACUCUCAAUGCUAACGAUUUUCUUAAGAGACUGCUUGCCCCUGCGAGACUACUGCUCUCAAGACUACGGUCCCAUUUAGUAGUAGUCUGCAGCCAGCAGCUUUGCUCGAGAGCAUUGAUGUCCCAAGAGCAGUAUUCCAUCGAAACCUGGGCCCAAUUUCAUAGAGCUGCUAAGCAGAAAAAAUUGCUUA